AUGCUCAAGGGCAAAAAGAAGGAUAAAGAUGGAAAAGAGAAGGCGGAAAAAGAUAAGGAAAAAGAAAAAGAUUUGAAGAAAGAAAAGAAGAAGGAAGAGAAGGAACAAAAGGAACAGAAAGAACAGAAGGAGCAGAAAGAGAUUCCGACGAUACGUACCGAGGACACAAGU